AUGACCCCUCCCAUCCGCCCGCGCCAGCUCUUCUACGACGGCAAGCCACAGCAAGCGUCGUCUGGCCGCACCUUUCACUCCAUCAACCCUGCCAAUGCAACUUCUUUGGCUGAACUUCCCAUUGCCUCACAAUCAGAUAUAGAUGCUGCCAUCGCAUCUGCAGACCGUGCGUUCCCGUCAUGGUCACAAACCCCGCCGAUUGCUCGAGCCCGUAUCCUUCAGAAGGCUGCGGCCCUUCUCCGUGAACGCAACGAUGAAAUCGCUCGCGUCGAGAGCUUAGAUUCUGGAAAGGCUUUCUCAGAGACGAGCACUGUUGAUGUUGUCACGGGCGCCGACGUGCUUGAAUACUAUGCGAACCUCGUGGGUGGCGGUGGACUGAAUGGCGAGACUACUCAGCUUCGAGAGGAGGCUUGGGUGUACUCGAAGAAGGCUCCACUGGGAGUUUGUGUGGGAAUUGGCGCGUGGAACUACCCUAUUCAAAUUGCACUCUGGAAAUCAGCCCCGUGCCUGGCUGCCGGAAAUACCAUGAUUUACAAGCCCAGCGAAUUCACCUCUCUCCACGCGCAAACCCUCGCCGAGAUCUACAAGGAAGCCGGACUUCCAGACGGGGUCUUCAACGUCGUAUAUGGCGCAGGCGAUGUUGGCUCUUAUUUGACCUCUCACCCGACCAUCGCUAAGGUCUCGUUCACUGGCCAGGUCUCAACUGGAAUGAAAGUUGCUGGGUCCGCAGCCGGAAAUAUGAAAUACAGUACUAUGGAGUUAGGAGGAAAGUCGCCGCUGCUUAUUCUUCCAGAUGCAGAUGUUGAAAAUGCUGUCGACGGAGCCAUGAUGGCCAACUUCUACAGCACUGGCCAGGUCUGCACAAACGGCACGCGAGUCUUCGUCCCCAAAUCUCUGAAGAAAAACUUCGAGUCUCGUCUUCUUGAGAAAAUGCAAUAUAUUCGGCCAGGCCAGCUGUUUGACGAGAACACCAACUUCGGGCCGCUUAGCUCGGCCGUUCACCAGGAAAAGGUCACUGCUUAUAUCCGUGGCGGCAUUGAGAAGGAUAAGGCUACUCUUCUCUACGGCGGCCUUGGCAUGCCUUCCCUUCCCAAGGAUCUAGAAGCAGGCUUCUGGGUUCGCCCGACGAUUUUCACUAAUUGCACGGAUGAUAUGCGGAUCGUCAAAGAGGAGAUAUUUGGGCCGGUCAUGUCUAUUUUGACCUACGACACAGUUGAAGAGGCUGUAAAGCGUGCGAAUGCCACAGAAUUAGGCCUUGCCGCUGGAGUUUUCACUAAGGACCUCAACUUGGCUCACCGCGUUAUUGAUCAGCUUGAGGCUGGUAUCACGUGGGUGAACACUUGGGGUGAGAGUCCUGCCGAGAUGGCGGUCGGUGGAUGGAAGAAGAGUGGACUUGGUGUUGAGAACGGUCGGAAGGGUAUUGAGGCUUGGGUACGAAACAAGAGCACUCUGGUUGAGAUGGGCAAUGCUGUUGGGACAGUUUUCGCCAAACUGUAA